CAGACCAGGUUUAAGAGCAUGUCAUGAAACAUACAGAUACUUUGUACUGCUGCAUUCUUAUGUCACAUGCAGGUGCAAUUUUCUUAAUGUAAGGUAGGAUAUUUAGGUAUUAGUGAUCGUUUAAGCAUGGAGUCUUCAGAUGUUGUUGUUUUUAAUCAAUCAGCAAAUGUGCCUGACAUAACUGCAGUGACUAUUUCAUAUCUAUUAUGUAUUUUUGGUGGCUCUUUGUCAGUUCUCAUAUUGUUUGGAAACCUUCUUGUAAUAAUCUCUAUUGUUUACUUCAAACAGCUCCACACUCCUACAAACUUCCUGAUGCUCUCUCUGGCUGUGGCUGAUCUGCUCGUUGGGAUUUUAGUUGUGCCUUUCAGUGUCGUGCUCUUCGUGAAAUAUUGGCAUCUUGAAGAUUUACUUUGUAAGGUACGAGGCAGUUUAGAUGUGUUACUGUGCAAUUCCUCCAUUUGGAGCUUGUGCUUCAUUUCUGUUGACAGAUAUUACGCAGUGUGUCAGCCUCUGAGAUACAGAAUUAAAAUAAAUGUCCGUGUCGUUGAGAUCAUGAUUCUGGUGUCCUGGACUAUUGCCACUCUAAAUGGAAUUAUUUCCACAUUAAAGGCCCCAGACAAAGGACAAAGAAACAGAUGUGUUUUAUUUCAACCGAAAACACAGAGUGCAGUAGUUGUUACAGUUUUUAUUGCAUUUGGCAUCCCAGCUAUUUUAAUGUUUGCAAUCUACCUAAAGAUUUUGAUGGUGGCACAGAAACAGGCACGCAGCAUCCUAAACAUGGAUAAAUCUGGUGCAAAUGUCAGUAAAAUGGAGAGAAAGGCGACUAAAACUCUGGCUAUUGUGGUGGGGAUUUUUCUCAUGAGUUGGACGCCUUACUUUCUGUCCAUCAGCUUUCAUCCUUUGAGCAAUUAUACAAUACCACUUCAUGUACUUCAGUCAUUUAAGUGGCUUGGAUGGUCAAAUUCAAUGUUCAAUCCAUUUGUGUAUGGUUUCUUUUACAGCUGGUUUCGAUCAGCGUUUAGGAUGAUCAUUACAGGGAAAAUAUUUACAGAUGAUUUUUCUAAUUCUAAACUCUCUUGAUUCACUGAUGUGUCAUUAAUCGGGUCUUGCUCUAGGAAUGUGUACAUUCUCACAUCUGUGUAUUCAUUUAUGCACGCAAUUUUCUACGUUAUGCAAUAACUGUCUGUUUUUUGCAACAGUGUAUAGGAAACAUUUUGAGAAGUACAUGACAUGCAACGUGAUGUCCUCCUAAAAAAAUGUGAUGUGUCAAUCUAUAAACCCUAAUAUGUAUCUGUA